AUGCAAAAGGAGAGGGAAUCAGUUAAAAAGGAGGAGGGUAGUAGUAGAGUUACUGGAAAUAGUGAGGCUUGGAAGUUUAUAUGGAGUUUGGACAUUAAGCAGAAACUCAAACAUUUUAUUUGGCAGUGUCUACAUGGUAUUCUGCUUGUUAAUGAAGUCAUUAAGCAUAGAACAGAGCAGAUAUGGAAAGCAGCUCCACUUCAGUGGGAUGGUUUGAAUGAUUUCAAGAACAAUUUCUGGCUGUGGAAUAAGAUGCAAUUCCAAAAAGAGGGGAGCUGCCCAGGAUUUACCAUUAACAAAGCAGUAGGAGAAUGGAUAGAGGACAAUGAAGCUAAUUCUAAUGGAGGGACUGAAGAACAAAAAGAUGGAAAAUCUGAUAGGAAAGAAAGUCGAUGGUACCCAUCUCCCCAAGGAUUCGUUUGCCUAAACACUGAUGCUACAUUGGAUGUAAAAAGGCGGAGACUGGGCUGGGGAGUGGUUGCUAGGGACAAGAAAGGGGAACUGGUAGAAGCUUGGACUGGAAGUUGUGACAGAUGUGGUGAACCAGUGGUAGAAGAAGCUACUGCCAUCAGGUUGGCACUCUUGAAGGCACAGCAAAGGCAGUGGAGCAAUAUAAUCAUUCAAUCUGAUUGCAAAAGGGUUGUGGAUAAGCUUAUUGAAGAAAAUGCAGGUGAUCCAAUGGUGGAAGUACUUCCUGACAACAUACAAAAGUUGAGUAAGGAUUUUGGUAACUGUUUAUUUUCCUUUAAGCAGAGAGAGGGAAAUGGGGUUAGUCAUAACUUGGCAAAAUUUGCCAUUACCAUAAUAGGUGAGAUUGAGUGGAGGUCUUCCUUCCUAGUUUGGCUAGUUACUUUAGUCAAAGAAGAUGUAGGAGCAGUUGCUUCAGAUUUCUGA